AUGCGGGCGAGUUUUGGUAGUCGAUUUUAUAAGGGCGGGUAUGUUUCACUGCUGGUCGCUGAUGUGACACCACUAAUCCUGAUCAAAGACCAGUCUCAAAACCGAAAGCGAAAAGUCGUGGCUCAGGAGCUCGAUUCUCUCGAUGGCCUACGAAAGCUCUACAGGGACCCCCGUCGAGGUGCAGACGCCAACUUGCGCCUGCUACAUGUGCAGAAUGCUCCAUGGGCAACCAAAUUUCUCUUGCGAAAAUUCAACAUAGAUGGCAGAGAUGACUUGGUGGGCUCCACCUUUGGGAAAUACGUCAAAUUCACUAAACCGGACACCCGAGGAGGGAAACCCUUUCCCAACGCGAAAUCCUGGCGAGUCCAGCACGAUCCAUGGCGCGGCGUAAGCAAAACCUCGUUUGGAUUCGAGUACUUGAAGGAAUACAAGGUCGACGACCCAUUGACUGAAGGGCGGCCGGCUGAUGAAAAGUUGAUGGAAUUGAAUGAUUAUGAUGAAGAAGAAAAUCCUGCGUACGGCUACGAUGUGUAUAUUCAACGUCUCGCUUGUUAUGUUCAGCACAAAGAGGAUCCUCCCACUCCCCCCUUCGAUGGGGCCAAUGGCAUUUCCAAUCCUUAUAAGGCCGAGUCGGAUGGCCAUGCUUUAGCCAAAAAGCAGAAGGAAUAUCUUCCACAACUGUCCUCACUAGACAAUGAAAAUGCCAUCAUCAUCUUCGAGAACUCGAAGUCUGGCUCCUUCGAAGACUGUCUGAUACCCGCCAGGUCGGAGUGGGAGACUCACUGGCGCCGAUUGCCCUUUUAUCUUGCAUAUGAAGCACGAGACAUCGUCGGGAAUGAUGAUCUUCUAGGCCGACAAUGUGCACGCAUGAUUUUAGACGACGUAUUCAAAGCUCUCGUAGCCAGGUGGGAAACCUUGCUGGACAAAUGCCAAACACAUGUCUCUAUUCUCGAGGAUAAAAUCUACGAGCAGCCAGCCGACGAAACCCGUGCUCCUGAACUAUGGAGGAAUUCUAGCUUGUGGCUGCGGAUCGAAAAGCUGACCACAGCGCACAUGUCGGUUGUUCGAGAUAUGCGCGUCCGUCUGCGCGAACUCGUCGCUGACCUUGUCGUGCCAUCAAACACCAGUAAUUCUAAUAACAAUAAUAAUACCGCUGUCGACGUUCUCAGCGUCUUUAACGACGACGACUGGCUUGAAGAAAUCCCGAAUGACUUCGAGCGCAUUGCCACCACCGUGGAAGAAGACCUCGUCAAGCCCACCCAAGCCCUUAUCUCUCUCCUCUACCAAUCCGUCUCUAUCCGCGAUAGCCGUCUCUCUCUUCAGAUCGACACAAGUACAUGGCGCCUGUCUUGGAUAACAUUCAUCUUUCUACCGUUGACCUUUAUGGUUGGCUUCUUUGGCAUGAACGUCAACACCUUCGCCAACGACCCAAGCAUAAAAUGGUACUUCGUCGUCUCGGUUCCCUUUAUGCUCCUCGUGCUGGCAGCAUGGUAUAUCACGAAGCACAUCCUAGCACGGCAACGCCAAACCCCAUACCAACGAGGGAUCUAUGAGUCCUUCUUCCACGAUCUCGCCGUAAAUUACCCCACACUCUGGUCCCGCGUCGGCCCCCGUGAUUACAUCGUCCCUCGCACCCGGCUAGACAGGUGGAAAUGGUGGCUGAUCAAGCGCUGGACGCGACCGGAACGGACCAUCAAAGCCGGACAAGCAAACGCCGAAACGGCAGGCCCAGACAACCUAAGUCGAUGGAGUAAAUGCAAGAGAUACCUGAUCCGAAAAUGGACGGGGGACAUCACCACUUUCAUGACCAAGACUGCAGAUCAACAGCUCCUAGAUGGCGACGACGAUACAGAUCUCGAGCAAGGCCACGGAAAUUUCAUCGUGGAUAGCUUGCUCGGCGCGACAGAAAUGCUCACUGUGCCCGGCCAGCCGAUCGCGAGCGCUGCGCUCGAACGAUUAGAGCAGCUGAAACGACUGCAGCGACUGCAGCAACAGGAGGCCGACGUAGUGAGACCAGACGAGGACAUCGCAGUCCAAGCUUCAACCACAGAAGAACCUCCUCUCCAUUUCGUCAACGCCAACAUUCGCUUCGAGCGCGGGCUGAGUCCAUCGGCAAGCCCCGUCCCGCCCCGCGCGGCAUCAGGAAGCCCACGUGGUAGGCGCCCGAUUUCGAGCGGGGCAGGGAGUAGCGGGAGUCGGAAUAGCAGCGUCCUGGUCGAGGAGGAGGAUCCGAUUUGGAUUAAUCAGUGUGCGAAGGAAGGAAAAGGCGGGUGGUAUUGGAGGGGGGUUGGGAGUCAGAGUCAGAGCGUUAGUCCUAACCCCGCGGGCCGGGCGAUUAGUGGUGUAGGGGACAGAAGGAGGACCAGUAGUGGUGGGAGUGUGGGGGUCAGUGGACGGGUUUUUCGGAGAGGCAUUGAGGAACGUGUUGGUCUCGUCGUAGGUGGUGCAGGGGAGGGAGGGACAGGCGUAGUGGCGCGGGGAUCAAGUCCGCUGGGCGUGAUGACCAAUAUUGGUGAUGAGAGGAGUGAGAAAAGCGUCGAUCAUGGCAGAGAGGGGCUUGGGCUUGGGCUCGCUGAUGCGCACGGAGAGGAGGGAGGGGAUGGUUCGUCCAACACGGCGGAAUCUUCGGGCAGUGAACCCGAGAGGGCGGCGGAGGAGACGGCGGGCAGGGACAAUGAUAAGCUUGAGCAUAGGAAGGAGGAGCACAAACAGAAGGAGAAGGAGAAGGAGAAGGAGAAGGAGAAGGAGAAGGAGAAGGAGAAGGAGAAGGAGAAGGAGAAGGAGAAUCAGCGGUGGGAAUAG